UGCCUGUAAUUGUUCUACUCGUCAAUAUGUUUAGCGAUUAGGGUUUUAUAUCGGAAGAAAACAGAACGAUUUCGUAAAUCGAAGCACCUAUCUGUCGUUUUCUCUGUUGUUCUUUGCAUUGCUUCUCUUUUUUCUGAAAUAUGGGCAAAAAUGUUGCUUCCGAUGAUGAAGUUGAGUUGGAGGUCGACGAGGAUGGAGAGCCCAUUGAGGAAGAAGAUGAAGAGGAUGACGAUGAGGGACAAGAUGAGUAUGAGAAUGAUGGAUUCAUAGUUGAUGAUGUGGAGGAUGAAGAGGUCGAUGAAGAAAGUGAUGAGGAAAGGCGGAAAAAAAAGAAGAAAAGAAAGAAGAAGGAAGCGGAGGACCUUGAUGAAGAUGAUUAUGAGCUUCUCCGGGAGAAUGAUGUUAAUGUACCAAAGGGUAGCAAGAAAUUUAAGCGGUUAAAGAAGGCUCAAAGGGAUUUAGAUGAACGAUUUGGGCUCUCUGAUGAUGAGUUUGAUGGGAACAUGAAGGGUGGAAGAACUGCCGAGGAAAAGCUUAAGCGUACCUUAUUUGGUGACGAUGAUGAUAUACCUGAAGAUGAAGGGCAAAUAGAUGAGGAAGAGGAUGGAGAUAUGGGUGAAGAAGAUGAAAUGGCUGACUUUAUUGUAGAAGAAGAUGAUGUGCCUGGAGCUUCUGUUAGACGGAAGAAGAUGAGUAAGAAAUCGAGGCAUGCAUUUGAUGUUUCAUCAUCUGCUUUAAAGGAAGCUCAGGAUAUAUUUGGUGAUGUUGAUGAACUACUCCUGCUACGCAAACAGGGAUUAGAUUAUAGUGAUCAGAAAGAAAGGAGACUUGAAGAUCAAUUUGAACCGACUGUUCUUUCUGAAAAGUAUAUGACAGAAAAGGAUGAUGAAAUUCGGAUGAUUGAUAUUCCAGAAAGAAUGCUGAUUUCUGAGGAAAGCACUGGCAGUCCUCCAACAGAUGAAGAGAGCAUAAUAGAAGAGGGUACCUGGGUGCAUAAACAGCUUACAAGUGGUGCAGUACCUUUAUUUGGUCAAGAAAGGACGGAUAUUUCUAUAAACAAGGAUGACAUCAUGAGGUUUUUGGACCUUACACAUGUGCAGAAGUUAGACAUUCCCUUUAUUGCGAUGUAUCGCAAGGAGCUAUGCCUAAGUCUGCUACAAGAUCCUGAGCCGCAUGAGGUCGAUGAUGUUGAUCAAGAUAACUCUGAUAAAACACCUACCAUAAAGUGGCACAGGGUACUUUGGGCAAUUCGGGACCUGGACCGAAAAUGGUUGCUUCUUCAAAAGAGGAAGAGUGGCCUUCGGUCACAUUAUAAUAAGCGGUUUGAAGAAGAAUCUCGUCGGAUAUAUGAUGAGACAAAACUUAACUUGAAUCAACAGCUUUUUGAGUCAAUUCUUAAGGAUCUCGAGGAUGCUGAAUCCGAAAGGGAAGUUGAUGAUGUUGAUGCCAAGUUCAACUUGCAUUUCCCACCAGGGGAGGUUGGUGUGGAUGAAGGUCCAUAUAAGAGGCCCAAGAGGAGAUCACAAUAUAGUAGUUGCUAUAAGGCGGGUUUGUGGGAGGUUGCAAGCAAUUUUGGAUACAGUGCUCAACAACUUGGAUCUCAAUUAUCUCUGGAAAAGUUGCCUAAGGAUGAGUUGGAAGAUCCUAAGGAGACACCUGAAGAGAUGGCUUCAAAUUUUACAUGUGCAAUGUUUGAGACUCCACAAUCUGUCCUCAAAGGAUCCAGACAUAUGGCGGCGCUUGAGAUAAGUUGUGAGCCAUCUGUCAAGAAAUAUGUUCGUAAAAUCUAUAUGAAAAAUGCUGUAGUAUCAACCUGUCCAACUUCUGAUGGAAAAAUAGCCAUAGACUCAUUCCAUCCGUUUGCCGGUGUGAAGUGGUUGCGGGAGAAACCAUUGAGUAAAUUUGAGGAUGCACAAUGGCUCCUUAUCCAGAAGGCUGAAGAGGAGAAGCUUCUUCAAGUAACUUUUAAUCUACUUGAAAAUUUUUUGGAUGACUUGAUUAAAGAAUGUAACGAGAGAUAUCUCAGUAAUGGUGUUAGUAGAUCUGCCCAACAAUGGAAUGAGCAGAGAAAGCAGAUAUUGAAUGAUGCUCUUUUCAGUUUCCUUUUGCCUUCAAUGGAGAAAGAAGCAAGAUCGUUGUUGGCUAGUAGAGCUAAGAGCUGGUUACGUUUGGAAUAUGGCAAGGGUUUGUGGAAUAAAGUUUCCGUGGGGCCUUAUCAAAGGAAGGAAAAUGAUAGUAAUUCUGAUGAGGAAGCUGCACCACGUGUCAUGGCAUGCUGUUGGGGCCCUGGGAAGCCUGCAACUACUUUUGUGAUGCUAGAUUCAUCUGGAGAGGUGCUUGAUGUUCUUUACACUGGUUCUCUUACAUUUCGAUCUCAGAAUGUUAAUGACCAGCAAUGCAAGAAAAAUGAUCAGCAGCGUGUUUUGAAGUUUAUGACCGAUCAUCAACCACAUAUUGUUGUUCUUGGAGCUGUGAAUUUGUCUUGUACCCGGUUGAAAGAUGAUAUUUAUGAGAUUAUUUUUAAAAUGGUGGAGGAAAAUCCUAGAGAUGUUGGGCAUGAAAUGGAUGAGCUAAGCAUUGUAUAUGGGGAUGAGUCUCUACCUCGUCUCUAUGAAAAUUCUCGGAUUUCAGCAGACCAGUUACCUGGCACAACAGGCAUUGUUAAGCGGGCUGUUGCCCUUGGGCGUUAUCUUCAAAAUCCCCUGGCAAUGGUAGCAACUCUGUGUGGGCCCGAGAAGGAAAUAUUAUCUUGGAAACUUAAUCCAUUGGAGAACUUUCUAACAUCAGAUGAGAAGUAUUCUAUGAUCGAACAGGUUUUGGUUGAUGUCACAAACCAGGUUGGCCUCGAUGUUAAUUUGGCUGCAAGCCACGAAUGGUUGUUUGCUCCUCUGCAAUUCAUUUCUGGUCUUGGGAGUAGAAAGGCAGCAUCACUGCAGAGGUCAUUGUUAAGAGUUGGAACAAUUUUCAGUCGGAAAGACUUCGUGCAAGUCCAUGGUCUUGGUAAGAAGGUGUUUGUCAAUGCAGCAGCCUUUCUACGUGUCCGUCGGAGUGGGCUUGCUGCCAACGGCAGCCAGUUCAUUGAUUUGCUGGAUGACACUAGAAUACAUCCAGAAUCUUAUCUUGUUGCCCAGGAAUUGGCCAAAGAUGUAUAUGAUGAGGAUUUUAAAGGUGAUAAUGAAGAUGAUGAUGCAUUGGAGAUGGCAAUAGAACAUGUUAGGGACCGACCUAGUUUGUUGAAAAGCCUCCGAAUUGAUAACUAUCUAGAAAGCAAGAAGAAGUAUCUAGAAAGCAAGAAGCGCGACAAUCUGAGGGAGACCUUCUAUGAUAUAAAAAGGGAAUUAAUUCAUGGUUUUCAGGAUUGGCGUAAGCCAUACAAGGAACCAAGCCAAGAUGAGGAGUUCUACUUGAUUUCGGGUGAAACCGAGGAUACCCUGGCAGAAGGCCGAAUUUUGCAAGCAACAAUUCGCAGAGUUCAAGGUGGAAGAGCUAUCUGUGCACUUGAAUCUGGAUUAACUGGGAUGAUUAUGAAAGAAGACUAUGCAGAUGAUUGGGGAGAUAUUGCUGAGUUGUCUGAUAGGCUUCAUGAAGGUGACAUUCUGACCUGCAAGAUCAAAUCAAUUCAAAAGAAUAGGUAUCAGGUGUUCCUGGUUUGUAAAGAUAGCGAGAUGAGAAGUAAUCGACACCAGCAGUUUCAGAAUCUUGACCCUUACUACCAUGAGGAGCGAAGCAGCAUACAGAGUGACCAAGAGAAAGCUCUCAAAGAGAGGGAGAUGGCCAAAAAACAUUUUAAGCCGAGGAUGAUUGUCCAUCCACGCUUCCAAAAUAUUACUGCUGAUGAAGCUAUGGAGUAUUUAUCUGACAAGGAUCCUGGAGAAAGCAUCUUCCGUCCCAGUUCUCGUGGGCCUUCUUUUCUUACUUUAACUCUAAAAGUUUAUGAUGGAGUUUAUGCUCACAAAGAUAUAGUUGAAGGUGGAAAAGAACACAAGGACAUCACCAGCUUGCUCCGCAUUGGGAAGAUAUUGAAAAUCGGGGAAGACACUUUUGAGGAUUUGGAUGAGGUAAUGGAUAGAUAUGUUGAUCCCCUUGUGUCUCAUCUAAAGGCGAUGCUGAGUUAUCGCAAGUUCAGGAAGGGAACUAAAGCUGAGAUUGACGAGCUUCUAAGGGUUGAGAAAUCAGAGCAUCCUAUGAGAAUCGUGUAUUGCUUUGGCAUUUCUCAUGAACAUCCUGGCACUUUCAUUCUUACUUAUAUACGGAGUUCAAAUCCACACCAUGAGUAUAUUGGCUUAUAUCCCAAGGGAUUCAAGUUCAGAAAAAGGAUGUUUGAGGACGUUGACCGUCUGGUUGCAUAUUUCCAGAAGCAUAUUGAUGAUCCACCGCAUGAGUCAGCUCCAUCAAUUAGAUCAGUUGCAGCGAUGGUACCAAUGCGGAGCCCUGCUGGCGGAGGCUCUUCUGGGGCAUCUAGUGAUUGGGGUGGUCCGACAAAUGAUGGUGGUUGGGGAGACGGUGAUCAGUCUUCCACUCCAGGCCGUGGCCGAGACCGGCAUCCAAGUGGUGCUCCACGACCGUAUGGUGAACGUGGACGUGGACGUGGUCGUGGUAGGGGUGGCCGAGGACGUAAUGAGAGGCAAGAUUCCUCUUAUGGUGACACUCCCAAAUGGGAGUCAGGUAGCUCUAAGAAAGGGGAUGAUGAUGGUUGGGGCAGUUUCCCUGGUGCUAAAGUCCAAAACUCUCCUGGUAGAGAAGCUUUCCCUGGUGGUUGGGGUGCUUCUGGAACUGAAAGUGGCAGUGGUAAUGGCGGCAGCAGUGGUUGGGGUGGCGGAGGUGGUGGUGGAUGGGGUGCCUCUGGAACUAAAAAUGGAAGUGGCAAGGGUGGCGGCAGCGGUGUAUGGGGUACUUCUGGAACUGAAAGUGGAAGUGGUGGCAGUGGCGGUGGUGGAUGGGGUGCUUCUGGAGCCGAAAGUGGAAGUGGCAAGGGUGGUGGUGGUGGAUGGGGUGCUUCUGGAACUCAAAGUGGAAGUGGCAAGGGUGGCAGCAGCGGUGUAUGGGGUGCUUCUGGAAUUGAAGGUGGAAGUGGCGGCAGUGGUUGGGGUGGCGGCAGCGGUGGAUGGGGUGCUUCUGGAACUCAAAGUGGAAGUGGCAAGGGUGGCGGCGGCGGCGGAUGGGGUGCUUCUGGAACUGAAGGUGGAAGUGGUGGCAGUGGUGGAUGGGGUGCUUCUGGAACUAAAGGUGGAAGUGGUGGCAGUGGUGGAUGGGGUGCUUCUGGAACUAAAGGUGGAAGUGGUGGCAGUGGUGAAUGGGGUGCUUCUGGAACUGAAAUUGAAAGUGGCAAGGGUGGCGGUGGAUGGGGUGCUUCUGGAACUGAAAGUGGAAAUGGAAAGAGCGGCAAUAGUGGUUGGGGUGGCGGCGGCGGCGGUGGAUGGGGUGCUUCUGGAAGUGGAAGUGGCAAGGGGGGCGGUGGUGGUGGAUGGGGUGCAUCUGGAACUGAAAGUGGAAGUGGUAAGGGUGGUGGAGGAUGGGGUGCUUCUGGAACUGAUAGUGGAAGUGGCAAGGGAGGCGGCAAUGGUGGAUGGGGUGCAUCUGGAACUGAAAGUGGAAGUGGUAAGGGUGGUGGAGGAUGGGGUGCUUCUGGAACUGAUAGUGGAAGUGGCAAGGGAGGCGGCAAUGGUGGAUGGGGUGCUUCUGGUACUGAAAGUGGGAGUGGAAAUGGCCGAGGCUGCAGUGGCUGGGGCGGCGGUUCUAACAAUGGGGGUUCCGGCUGGGGAUCUGCUCCCAAGAGCAAUAGUUCUGGUGGUUGGUAAAAAGCCUUGGAAGUUUUGUUAACCCCUUAGCCAAGCUAUGGUUAGUGUUUAGUUUUUAAGCGGAAUCUUUAGCUUUGGCUGUUAGGCCCUCUCAUGACUUUGAAUGAAAUCUUUUGGUACUCCACAUUAUGUCCUUUUUGCGUAUAUAU